GCGCACGUAUUGGUAUUAUCUACGAUGUUCGCUUGUAAUACAUAAAAUACUGUAAAAUAUUUUUCCUGUUUACCUUACUCGUAUUCGAUUAUAACUUUUUGUGUUAUAGCUUCAAUGAAUUUCAUGAUAAUAACGCUAAUCGUUGCAUUGUAUAGGUAUGCAUUGCAAAAUGCAGUUCAUCAUUAACUUGUUAAUGUGGUGUUGGAAGUGGAUUCUCCUAGCUAAAAUCGUUACAAUUGAAAUAAAAUUGGUAAGACAAGCAAUUCAUAAUGGAGUCAGCAAUAGCUGGACGAAGGCGAACUGCUACACGGCAUUCUGCGGAGGAUCAAGCACUUGAUCAAAUAGCUAAAGAGGCAGAGGCAAGACUAGCUGCUAGAAGACAGGCAAGAGCAGAAGCCAGAGAAAUACGAAUGCGUGAAUUAGAAAGACAACAAAAGGAGGCAGAGGAGAAUGCUGAUAGAGUUUAUGACAUGUGUACAGUUGAUGUAAACAGAACCAUGAGAGUAACUCCAGAUCCAGUGCGUACAUCGCGACUUCUUACAAAUUCCAAUAAUUUUCAAUCGAGUCGUAGAUCUUCAGAAGAUUCAUUGGAAGAUGCAGGAUUAAAUAGAGAUAUUAGGCUGGAAUUAAAAGAAUUUGAAGAAAAAUUUAGAAAGGCAAUGAUAGCUAAUGCUCAGCUAGACAAUGAAAAAUCAUCUUAUGCCUACCAAGUUGAUUUAUUAAAAGAUAAAUUGGAAGAAUUAGAAGAAACCACUGCGCAAUUACGUAGAGAAUUGAAAGAAAAAAAUCGAGAUGUUGAACAAUUAAAACGGGUCAGUCAAAGACUGAAAGAAGAUUUAGAUAUUUGCAGAGAACAGUUGCUAGAAAGAGAUACACUUAUACAAGAAAAUGGUUUAGUCAUUGUUGACAAUAAGGAAAGUGAAGAUGAAGAUAACGAAAAUAUUGAAAAUGGAUUGUGUCAUAAAAAGAGAGUACUAGUCAGUACAGAAGCUGCGGAAUUAUUAGAAACGGCUGGUAAAGGUUCACUAGAUAUCCGACUAAGAAAGUUUGCUUCUGAAAAAAAGGAAUUGCAAGAUGAAAUUCGCCAUUUAAGAUUGGAAUUAGAAGAAACUAGAAAUCGCAUGAGACCCGAAAAAUCAUCUGGCUCAAUAUUAGGUUGUUUAUCAGAUAAUGAAGAUAUUCAACGUGAGGCAAAUAAAUUAUUGGCUGAUUAUAAAUUUAAAUUGCAAAAAGCAGAACAAGAUAUGUCUACGCUGCAAGCAACAGUAGCUAGAUUAGAAAGUCAAGUAAUUCGUUACAAAUCAGCUGCAGAAGCAUCUGAAAAAGCAGAAGAUGAGUUGAAAGUAGAAAAAAGAAAGUUGCAAAGAGAAGUAAGAGAAACACAAAGUCGUGUAGAGGAAUUGGAAACAGCAAAUUCUCAUCUACAAAGGAGAUUAGAUAAACUUAAAAACGCUAAAUCAGCUCUUUUAAAAGAACUUUGACAGAUUAAUAUUUGCAAAGAUGUACAAUAAGUCUGUUACUUAUACUUUCAAAUCGUUAUCCGAUGUUGCCUCCAAUUAAUACCACUUAUUAAUGAAUACAACUUACAAAGGCAAAUAUUAUGUAUUAUCGUUAUAACAUUUAACACUAAUGAAUGUCAUCCUGAAUAUAAAACUACAAAAAAUUGCUAUAGAAAAGAUCUCUACAUUUAUUUUACAUCUAUCAAGUCUUUGAUAACAACUUAGUUUUACAAUGUUCUUUAAUGGAAUAAUAAAACAUUUAAUAUAUGUUAUAUUAAAUUUUUCUAUACAUUUAUAAACAGUUACAGAGCUGAUUCAGUACUUGAUACUUUCAUGUAAGUAGCAAGUAAUAAAAUGUAUUUGUUUUUUGCCUUGUUACAAUAAGUUUGUGAAAAUUAUUUUAAAUUACUAAUAUAUAUUUUUAAAAACAUAAAAUAUAUUUAUAUUAUGAACAUAGUAUGAGCGUUGUGAAUAUUUUUUGCCAUAUUACAUUUAGAAUAGAA